CUGCCCGCCUGCCUCUGCACAGCGAGUGAGAGAGAGAGAAAGAAAGAGAGAGAGAGACCUAAACGAGUGCCUGGAGGUCCAUCCAAGCGCUCAGGACGCACAGACGGAGUUGCACAAUCAGCGCUCCAAAGGGACUCCAAAACGCAGAAAAGCCCUCAGCGCUCCUUCACUCCCCAACAGAUCGCUGCAAGCGGAUAUUCUUUGCGUCUCUUGCUGAUUUUUCUGUGUGUUUAAGCGUAGAGGCCGUUUGGAGAGCUCGGAUUUUGAGGGAAAGCGGCUUUUGUUUAAACUUGUGAAGACAUGCAUCGGUGCACAGCGGUGCUGCUUCUGUUAGUGGUGGCUUUAUACCUCCUGAGCGCAGAAGCCUACAAGUGCAGGUGCACCAGAAAAGGACCAAAGAUCAGAUACAAGGAUGUACAGAAGCUGGAGAUCAAACCCAAACACCCGUACUGCCAGGAGAAGAUGAUAUUCGUGACGAUGGAGAAUGUGGCUCGGUUCAAAGGCCAGGAGUACUGUCUUCAUCCCAAACUGCAGAGCACCAAGAAUCUGGUCAAAUGGUUCCGCAUCUGGAAGGACAAGCACAGGGUGUAUGAAGCCUAAAACCUCGGCUGCCCAGCACACGCGGAUCAAGUGAGACAAAAUAAAAAAAGACGACAACAUCACCAGGACUGUUUUCGCGAAGCGCAGGAUGUUAUCUACAAUCAGACUGCACUUCUCCUUCUUCUGCCUGAGAUCUGUCAAGCACAUUAAGAGAUAUCUUUAGUUCGUAUGUAAGCUGUUGGGCUCGUUUUAGUCGGCCAUCGAUCUAGUUACAGUCACUCACCGCUCCAGUCUUUGCAACUGUAGUUAUACUUGUCAAAUAGUGGACGAGGCACCACCAUCUGUGUUCAAACAGUUGUAGGUUUGUUCAGUUGUUACUUAAAGGGAUUUCUCUUUUGCUUUGGCUUUUAGGCUUCUUUCAAAGUGAGGAAUGUGUAAGGAUGUGUCAGUCUGAAGAAACGGGCAAACUUCCUUUGAAAAAUACUGCGUGGGUAUUUCAGUUGUUAAGAUUUUCACUAUAUUCAACAUGACAGGUAGGCCGUCAGCACAAUGCCAACAUUAUAGGAUCUGCCUACCUGUUGGCAGUGAAUCUGAUUGUCUGUUUUUGUAGAGGAGAGGCAGUCAGUGUGCGGUCACAUGUAAUGCAGAAGUUGCUAUUGUUCAGUCAGAUAGAGGAGAUCUGUGUGUUUACCAUGUCCAUGUUAGUCAUACGUGUCAAACAAACACACUACUCUGCAGCACCCGUUCUGUAAACAUGAUCUAGUUGACUGGCAGGGUGAAGUUUCAGUAGAUAUUAAAGAAUACAAGUAGCUCAUUUGUGCCAUUGUUACAGGACAGGAUUGCAGUACACUAAAAAUGUAUUAUUUAACACACUAAGAAAGUUUACAUCAAAAAAGGAUCUGUCAUAUAUUUUCAAUGGUUGAAAGGUUUUUUAGUUCCAUCUCUUGAAAUAAAUGUCUAACGAAGCAAUAUCUCAUACAAACUCCCUACAUAACCCUGUUUUAAGAUACUGUUUGUGAGGCUGGUGAUAUUCUAGUUUUUCGUUAAUGAAAGCCAAGAUCCCCUGAAAAUAUCAAAUCAACAAUGCAUUACUCCGUCUUUCUGUACUUUCUGAAUUUCCUGACCUGUCUGUGGCUUUUACUGAAGAUGUAAAUCUCCAAAUGCAGGUCAGGAAUGAAUACUUUCAUUUAUUUUAUUUUUUAAAGGGAAAAAAACAGACUGUUUUCAGCUGUGGAUUCAUACACAAUUGGUGCUCUUCUGAGUAUUUACGGCAGCGCGAUGGUGCCUCUAAAAAAACCACAGUGGCCACGUUUAUGGUCAUGAAGAACCAUAUGACCCAGUGCAGUUUGGCUUAUUGAUGUGUUUUUAAUAGUUUUUGACUAUUCAGGAGCUCUCCGGUGCAGAGGAAUAAACUAUAUCAGACCUCUGAUAGACAAAUUCUUGUUAUUUCAACAUUUUCAACUUUCUUUGGCAUUGAAAGGGGAAAACUCUUGCAUUCUGAAUACUUACUGUCCACAUACAAAACAACAGUCAUUACAUUACAGCAUUUAUAUUUAGAUAUAUGGCAGGCAUUUAAUUUGUUGUGCUAAUGAUUAUUUCACUGUCUCCUGCAGUCCUGCGUGGAUGAUGAUACUCUUAUCUUAUCUGGAUCUUGAUCUCCUGAACAAUACUGUCAGAUGUGUUUUGUAUGCCAUGGAUACACUUUGUCACAAUGACUGCUGGGUGUUGUUUUGUUGCCACCAAACAGAAUUCACACACAAAUAUAUCUGCAUAUACACAAAACCACCACAUUUUCUUUACCUUUUGAAGAAUGUGCAUUACUCUUGUUUUAUAUCUUAUAAAUAUAUAUAAAGAAGCAUUUUGUAAAUGGACCAGUAUAGCCUAUAUGUUAGUGAGAAUGAUUCACCUAGAGACUUUAUAGUGUCAUGUAUAUUCUAUUACUGCAUUAUAGUUGUUUUUGCUAUUUAAAUCUUGGUUUGGUAACAGAUAUUUGGAGGGUGAGUGUUUGGACUGGCCCACCAAACACACAGUUAAACAUUCCAUUGAGUGUAAAACAAUAAACACAGCAAUAAAGUGUCUAUAGAGCA